CCCCCUCCCAGCCAAUGUCACCUCCUGGUGCCCAGUGGAGUCCCCCACCUUGGCCGGGAUUACCCUCCGAGAUCCAGGCCAUGACAAAUGACAUCACUCCCAGCCCGGGCUUAAAAUCUCCCCAUGUGAGGGGACGUGUUUCCUCCAGCCUCUGCAGUCUGCCCGCUCUAUGUCCUGGGCCACCAGGAGAGCCCCGUCCCUCCUUUCUGAAGUGCCCAGUGUGUGGUUGGGAUUUGCCUAAAUAUGUGUUGCAUAGAUGGAUGAAUGAAUGACAGGCGUGGGACCGACAGACAUACAGGAAGAGAGCUCAGGUCUAUGGCUGCAGCGGGAAGGACUCCGGGUGGACUUGAGCCUGCCUGAGCGAGCGGGAAUGUGAUGACUGGGGAUCACUGUGCUGGUGAAUCCAUCACCUGGGACCUCAAUGCACCCAGAGGCUCUGGCUCUCAGCCCAGACUCUACUUCAGGACUGGAGGCUCCUCAUGCCUGCACCCUGCUAACUUCCAGCACAGUCAUCCUGUCUCAUCUUCUGCAAAAGUAAUUUUUUUUUUUUUUUGAUGAAGCUCUGUUGCCCACGCUGGAGUGCAGUGCCAUGAUCUCCACUCACUGCAGCCUCCACCUCCUGGGUUCAAGCAAUCCUCCUACCUCAGCAUCCUGAGUAGCUGGAAUUACAGGUGUGCGCCACCAUGCCCAGCUAUUUUUUUGGAUUUUUGGGUAGAGAUGGGGUUUCAUCACAUUGGCCAGGCUGGUCUGGAACUCCUGGCCUCAAGCGAUCUGCCUGCCUCAGCUUCCCUAAAUGCUGGGGUUAUGAGAGUGAGCUAUCGCGCCCCGCCCAUCUUCUGCAAAACUCUGAUUGACGCCUUGUUUCUUGUCUGUCCCUGUCAGAAGAGCUGAGACCUUGUCUGUCUUGUUCUCAGCUGUUUUCCCAGUGCCUGGGUCAGUCCUAGACACACAGCCCCUGACUUGGGCCUCAGUGUCCCUGAAGAUCAUGAUGGCGUAUAUGAACCCGGGGCCCCACUAUUCCGUCAACACCUUGGCCCUCAGUGGCCCCAGCGUGGAUCUGAUGCACCAGGCUGUGCCCUACCCAAGCGCCCCCAGGAAGCAGCGGCGGGAACGGACCACCUUCACCCGGAGCCAACUGGAGGAGCUGGAGGCACUGUUUGCCAAGACCCAGUACCCGGAUGUCUAUGCCCGCGAGGAGGUGGCUCUGAAGAUCAGUCUGCCCGAGUCCAGGGUUCAGGUUUGGUUCAAGAACCGCAGGGCUAAAUGCAGGCAGCAGCGGCAGCAGCAGAAACAGCAGCAGCAGCCCCCAGGGGGUCAGGCCAAGGCCCGGCCUGCCAAGAGGAAGGCGGGCACAUCCCCAAGACCCUCCACGGAUGUGUGUCCAGACCCCCUGGGCAUCUCAGAUUCUUACAGCCCCCCUCUGCCCGGCCCCUCAGGCUCCCCCAGCACAGCUGUGGCCACUGUGUCCAUCUGGAGCCCAGCCUCAGAGUCCCCUUUGCCUGAGGCGCAGCGGGCUGGGCUGGUGGCCUCCGCACCAUCUCUGACCUCGGCCCCCUAUGCCAUGACCUAUGCCCCGGCCUCCGCUUUCUGCUCUUCCCCCUCUGCCUAUGGGUCUCCAAGCUCCUAUUUCAGUGGCCUAGACCCCUACCUUUCUCCCAUGGUGCCCCAGCUGGGGGGCCCGGCUCUUAGCCCCCUCUCUGGCCCCUCCGUAGGGCCCUCCCUGGCGCAGUCCCCCACCUCCCUAUCAGGCCAGAGCUAUGGCGCCUACAGCCCCGUGGAUAGCUUGGAAUUCAAGGACCCCACGGGUACUUGGAAAUUCACCUACAAUCCCAUGGACCCUCUGGACUACAAGGAUCAGAGUGCCUGGAAGUUUCAGAUCUUGUAGAGGAUGCAGUCUCCAUCUCUCUCCAUCCGGCCUCGGGACCCUCUCUCAUCUAAAUCUGCUUCCCUGCAGCUUAGAUCCCGGGAAGGCAUCCCUGAGAAAGCAGCUGGAACCAGCGGUCCUUCCCAAGACGGUGGCCUCUGUGGCUCUGGGUCCAGCUUACCUCCACAGAGCCCACCCCUUUCCUCCACAGGGAGAGGCUCCUCCCUCUCCUGGGACAGCUCAGAGGUCCUAGUGAUUGUCUCAACCCCAACACUCUCUGGCACGAUUGUGACCGCUGAAGUACGCCACGAGCUCCAGGCUUCAGAAACUGCUGCUGAGAACUUGCUCCAAGAAGAAAUCAAACCAAAAGUUGAUUUGGGGUCAUGUGUAGGUCAGAAUCACCAUGUCCUUGAAUGCCCUUGAACAAGCAGGUAGUGGGGCUCGACUCCUUAACUUUCCACAUGGACAUUUUUUUUUUCCUUUUUUUUUGAGAUGGAGUCUCGCUGCCACCCAGGCUGGAGUGCAGUGGUGUGAUCUCGGCUCACUGCAACCUCCAUGUCUCGGGUUCAAGUGAUGCUCCUUCCUCAGCCUCCUGAGUAGCUAGGAUUACAGGUGUGCCCCACCACGCCCGGCUAAUUUUUGUAUUUUCAGUAGAAACGGGUUUUCAGCAUAUUGGCCAGGCUGGUCUCGAACUCCUGACCUCAAGUGAUCCGCCUGCCUCGGCCUACCAGAGUGCUGGAAUUACAGGCGUGAGCCGCCGUGCCAGGCCCUACACAUGGACAUUUCUUUAGCAUAUGGUUACGGACCCUUCUAGAAAUUCCAAAGACAGACUUUAAGAAGCCCCUUCGGGAAACCUUAGGCCAAUGACGCAGUUACAUUAAAAAGAAAUUAUCUGGAAAUUUGACAGACUUCACAGAUAUCAGGCUUACACGGUAGGUGUAGGGGGCUGUGUGAGAGAGAAAGAGCUAUAUCCAUAUACGUGGAUACACAUAUAUGUACUUCUUAGUUUCUUCUUAAAGACAUUUUAUCACUCAUUCUCGCAUUAGCACAUUGGGAAUGCAUCGAUUUGGUAGAAAGGCAACUUGCCUGUUCCAGCUCUGCUCCUUUGUUCUUUUGUUUUAGCAUUUUCUAAAGGUGAAUUUCAUCCAGACACCGGUGGAAUUGGGCAGCUGCAUGGGACGAACCACCCAUAGUUGUGGCUAUUUCACAGAGAAGCUGGAGCCUCCAAUGUGUAAAUAAGAGACAGGAAGAGGGGAAAUAGAUGUGGAGGAGGCAGCCCUACGUUUCAAACAUACAUUCCCUUUUUUAGAUUUUUUUUUUUUAAUUGCUUUUCAGUUUUGAUGGUGGGAUUGAAAACUAGAACUUGGCUUGAGGACGUUUUCCAGGGGGGGCACCAUUAUUUCUUGGAAUAGAAUUUUACUCAUGGUGACACAGGCAAGCCCUUGUGAGAACCUGAAGAUGGAUUCAGGUCGUUGAAUGCUCAGAAGUUGGGUGUUGGGCCCCUGCCUCCUCAGUCGGAGUUCGCCUUUCAUUUUCGGGUGGGGAGGCGGGAUCGGAGAGCCCUUCAGUGGAGUUCAGGAGUCGAGGUACAAAAAGAAAGUCGGGCAGGAGGGCAGUGGUGUGCUGGCAGGAGCUAACAACAGGCUCUCCCAGGAAGAAGAAAAGCUUGGUGUGCAGCGUUUGCCAAUUUCCGUGGUGUAAAUACUCCAACCACGGAUGACUUCAAGCUAGCAACCUGAGGUCACUGGACUAUGAGCUGGGAAGAGAUAGGGCACCAUCUGUGCUUACGAGCAGGUACACACUGUCAGCAGCACCCCAAUGUUAGGAGAAAGGCUGGGUGUGAAGAGAGGCCGGGAGGUGUCAGAUGUUUCCAGCACCAGACCCCCUGAGGGGCACACCCUGAUCUCCAGAGCCCCAAAAGAAGCUUUUAUUCAACAUAAAACACAUUCAUCUCUCAUGGGCCCCAGUCAUGCUGGAUUCUGGGACAUUAAGCCCAGGAGUGGGCCAGGUGUGGUGGCUCAUGCCUGUAGUCCCAGCACUUUGGGAGGCCGAGGCAGGCGGAUCGCCUGAGGUCAGGAGUUCGAGACCAGCCUGGCCAACACGGUGAAAGCCCGUCUCUACGAAUAAUACAAAAAUUAAGCCAGGUAUGGUGGUGGGCGCCUGUAAUCCCAGCUACUCGGGAGGCUGAGGCGGGAGAAUCACUGGAACUCGGGAGGCGGAGGUUGCAGUUAGCAGAGGUCGCACCACUGCACUCCAGUCUGGGCGACAAGAACGAAAUUCCAUCUCAAACACAACAACAAUGAAAAAACCCAGGGAUGGCUCAGGUGUCCAGUGUGGGAUGAAAAUAUAAACAGAAGACAACCUGUGUCAUUGGGGAGGCUGGGGGAGCCAGACAAAACUCACACGGGAGGGGCAGGGAUGAGGUAACAUUGUGUCCUGGGUCUGUGUGAACGUUGGGACCAGAAUCCACUAUUGGUUACAUUCUUCAGAGACACUGACGCUCUGCACUGGAGCCCAGGACUAGGGCGUGGAUGAGAAUCUUCUCCUUAUUCAUGGGGGUGGCUGUGUCUUGUGCACAGCCCUAAAGCCAGGAAGAGUGACAAGGCUGGUGGCGGCAGAAGGAAGAAGCCGGGAGCCUCCCUGAGAAGGUGUCACUUUCUCUGUCCUCCUCUUCCCUACACCCUGGCCUCUGGGUCCCCCUUCUCUGGCCACUCGAAGAAUGAAACCGAUUAAAAUGUUGGAUCUCA